AGGUUAGGUCUUGACGGGUCCUUCUCUAAUCUCUAUCCACAAGCCGAAAUUUUCUCAGCAGCUCAGGUAAAUAUGCAAGGAGCGCUUAAAGCGUUUUCAUCACAGGGCAACUUUGUGAAAAAUGCAGUCUUGCGACACGUCCGUGUUGUGAAUCCCCUAAUUCAGCCUGCUUUGUUUUCACGUUUCGAGUCUGUUGCGCCUGCCCGCAUAGAAGAGCAUGGUUUUGAAAGCACUAAGAUUGCAGACGUCCUGAACGCAAAAGGUAAAGGUGCUGAUGGUUCCUGGCUGUGGUGCACAACAGAUGAUUCUGUUUAUGAUGCUGUUAAGUCGAUGACCCAGCACAAUGUUGGAGCCUUGGUGGUUGUGAAACCUGGAGAACAAAAAUCAAUUGCAGGAAUCAUAACAGAGAGAGAUUAUCUCCGGAAGAUCAUAGUGCAGGGGAGAUCAUCCAAGUCAACAAAGGUUGGGGAUAUCAUGACUGAGGAGAACAAGCUUAUCACUGUCACCCCUGACACCAAAGUUCUGCGGGCAAUGCAGCUGAUGACUGAUAACCGAAUUAGGCACAUCCCAGUUAUAGAUGACAGAGGAAUGCUUGGUAUGGUGUCCAUUGGUGAUGUGGUUCGUGCUGUGGUGAGUGAGCACCGGGAGGAGCUGGACCGCUUGAAUGCUUUUAUUCAAGGUGGUUACUAGAUAAUGAUGAAAAAGAAGAUGGCAAGACGUCGUUUAGCUGACAUGGUGGAAUGACUAGCAGUAAUAAGCCAGAGUGCUUGUAUAUAUUGCAUGCUUUGUGCUUCGCCUGUUGUUUGGUUCUGUAUUUCCCAAUGUCUACAAUCUAUCACAUGAACUACCAACUUGUGGACUAUCAAGUUAAUAAUAUGUUUGCUUAACUUUUGCCUAAA